AUGGCUUCUCUUCUCAACGGCAGGCUAUCUUUCUUACACCCCCAACACAGCCGCGAACCCCCCUUCUCCAAAUUCCCCCACCACCCCAACCACUUCCCAAUCCCCAAAACCCCCAAAUCCAAACCCCUCAAGAUCCGCGCCGAUGUCAGCUACGAACCCCGCAACACCUCUUCCGAUGACAAAAUCCGCGAAAUCCUCCGCAACCGCGACUACGACGCAAAAUUCGGCUUCAACAUCGACAUCGAUUCCUUCACCAUCCCAAAAGGACUUUCCCACGAAACAAUUAGGUCAAUCUCAACCCUUAAAUCAGAACCAGAUUGGAUGAUCAAUUUCCGUCUCAACGCCUUCGAGAAAUUCUCCAAAAUGAAAGAACCCAAUUGGUCAGACAACACUUAUCCAUCCAUCAAUUUCCAAGAUAUUUGUUAUUAUUCCGCUCCGAAGAAGAAACCCUCUCUUAACAGCUUAGAAGAAGCCGAUCCCGAGCUUCUCAGGUACUUCGAUAAACUCGGUGUUCCGUUAAACGAACAGAAUCGCUUAGCGAAUGUCGCCGUGGAUGCGGUUCUUGAUAGUGUUUCGAUUGCAACUACUCAUAGGAAGACACUUGAGAAAGCUGGGGUUAUUUUUUGUCCGAUUUCCGAGGCCAUUCGAGAGUAUCCUGAUUUGGUUAAGAAGUAUUUAGGUAGAGUUGUUCCUAGUGAGGAUAACUAUUACGCCGCGUUGAAUGCCGCUGUUUUUAGAGAUGGAUCCUUUUGUUAUAUUCCCAAGGAUACUAAGUGUCCCAUGCAGAUUUCGACUUAUUUUAGGAUUAACGCAUUGGAGACGGGGCAAUUUGAGAGGACGCUGAUUGUUGCGGAGGAUAGAAGCUCCGUGGAGUAUUUGGAAGGAUGUAUUACGCCUUCGUAUGAUAAGAAUCAGCUUCAUGCCCACUGUCCGCAUACGCCAUUUCCGUUCAGUACCCUUACGACCACCACAAAAACCGCAACUCUCCCUCCCGGCCCACUCCACAUCCCCAUCCUCACAAGCCUCCUAUGGCUCCGAAAAUCCUUCUCCCAACUCGAACCUUUUCUCAAAACCCUUUACGCCAAACACGGUCCCAUCAUCGCUCUCAGAAUCGGUUCUCGACCUUCCGUUUUCAUCGCCUACCAUUCUCUCACUCACCACGCUCUCGUUCAUAACUCGUCAAUCUUCUCCGACCGCCCUAAAGCACUUCCCAUCGGAAAGCUCAUGUCCAGCAACCAGCACAAUAUCAGUUCCGCUUCUUAUGGUGCCACGUGGAGAACCCUCCGCCGUAACCUGGCCUCCGAGAUGCUCCAUCCGGCGAAAGUCAAAUCUUUCUCAGAAAUCCCGAACUGGGUCCUUGACACUCUCAUCAACCGUCUCAAAAUGGCUUCGGAGUCUGAAUCCUUUAUGGUUGUUCCCCACUUUCAUUAUGCAAUGUUCUGUUUACUUGUUUUUAUGUGUUUUGGUGAAAGAGUUAGCGAUGAGAAAGUUAAUGAAAUUGAACGCGUACAAAGGACGCUUCUGUUGAGCAUAUUCAACUGUUGGAACUCUUGA